CCUUCUUCUUGCUAAAAAUCUCCAAAAACUCUUUCUAAAUAUAUUCAUAUAGACCCUCUCAUUUUCAUACACAACAAAAACUAAAACAAUAGAAGAAAUCUUCUCAUUUCUCAUUUCGACAUUUUAUCAAACAUGUAUACAACAAACCCAUCGUUCUUCUCACUCAUCAUCAUCAUCACCACAAUUCUCAUCACCCCAUCGGAAUCUUCAACCGACACCUUCGUCUUCGGUGGCUGUUCUCAACUCAAAUACUCACCCGGCUCACCUUACGAGUCAGGAGUCAACUCGCUACUCACUUCCUUCGUCAACUCAGCCAUGUUCUCAACCUACAACAAGUACACCAUCCCCGCAACCGGCGGCGCUCCCAACUUGUACGGACUUUUCCAAUGCCGGGGUGACCUGGGCAACGACGCUUGCUCGCGGUGUGUUGCACGCGCGGUGAGUCAACUCGGUACUCUCUGCACAGACUCGUGCGGCGGCGCGUUGCAACUCGAGGGUUGCUUCGUUAAGUACGAUAAUACCUCGUUUCUCGGAGUUGAAGACAAAACCGUCGUCGUUAAGAAAUGUGGGCCCUCCGUCGGGUACGAUUCCGACGCGUUGUCCCGGAGGGAUUCCGUUUUGGAUUACAUGAAUUCUAAUUCCGGCGCCGGUGCCGGAGGUUUGUACAGAGUUGGUGGUUCCGGUAACGUUCAGGGAGUGGCGCAGUGCGUGGGUGACUUGAGCCAAUCGGAGUGUCAGGAUUGUAUCUCUGAUGCGAUCCAACGGCUCAAAACAGAGUGUGGGCCCGCCUCGUGGGGUGACGUGUACUUGGCUAAGUGUUACGCGCGAUUCUCGGAAGGUGGAGCCCACUCGCACGGCGGAAAUGAUAACAACAAUAAUAAUAACAAUGACGAUGAGAUUGAGAAGACACUAGCAAUAUUAAUUGGAUUAAUAGCUGGUGUUGGUCUCCUAAUUGUGUUCCUUUCUUUCUUAAGAAAACUUUGUGAAAGUGAUAAUAAAGGUGGUAAGUGAUUAUAUAUAUGGGGCUGGCUCUUAUUGGUGGCUCUGUUUCAUUAAUUCCUCUACUUUUUCUUUUUUCUCAAUUACUGUAAUUUUCUUAAUAUAUAGAUAUAGAAAGAUGUUUUUGUAUUGAUAAAGGUACCUUGAAACAAGUGAAAUGAAAGUUGGAAUAAGAAGAGAGAAGAAAACAAAUGAACAAAGAGAGAAAGAGAUUGAUAUCAAAAGAUUAUUCUUGCUCCCCACAUUCUCACUUAUAUGAACAAUGUUACCUUGUUUAAUAAUAUUGUGUAUAUAUAGUGAUUAUUAUUUACUUUAAUGAAGAAGAAGAAAAAAAAAUGUGAAGCUGAGUAAGUUAGUGCCUUUGUUGGGUCUUCACUAAGUGUUUUUUUUUAGAAUUUUUAUGUCAAUAAAAACUUAAUUAGAUCUUAUCAGACAA